GGAGGAAGGAAGCGGGUCCCAGAGGCUGAGUCCAGGGACCUUGGGAAGGGGCGGGGAGAUGGCCACGACCUCCGGGCCCACCCGCCCCAGAGCCGGGGACACUCGGGUCCCCCUCCCACCCUCGUCUGAGGCCAGGUGCUGCCUGGUUGGGCCCAGACAUGGGAUGUCACGCCUCGGCGGGGAACACAGAGGAAGCCAGGGCCUCCCCGAGCCGCUGCCGUGACGGCCAGUGAGUGAGCAGCCGGAGGAUGUCCACCUCGACGACGGUCGCCCCCUCGGGGAUCCCGGUGGCCCCGGGCCCUGUGAACCCACCCCCGCCGGAGGUCUCCAACCCCGCCAAGCCCGGCCGCAAGACCAACCAGCUGCAGUACAUGCAGAACGUUGUGGUGAAGACUCUCUGGAAACACCAGUUCGCCUGGCCCUUCUACCAGCCCGUGGACGCCAUCAAGCUGAACCUGCCUGAUUAUCACAAGAUAAUAAAAAACCCGAUGGACAUGGGGACUAUUAAGAAGAGACUAGAGAAUAGUUAUUACUGGAGCGCGAGUGAAUGCAUGCAGGACUUCAACACCAUGUUUACAAACUGCUAUAUUUAUAACAAGCCCACAGAUGACAUAGUGCUCAUGGCCCAAGCCUUAGAGAAAAUCUUUCUGCAGAAAGUGGCCCAGAUGCCCCAGGAGGAAGUAGAGUUGUUACCGCCUGCUCCAAAGGGCAAAGGCCGGAAACCAGGCUCGGGAACCCAGAGUGCAGGUACGCAGCAAGUGGCGGCCGUGUCCUCUGUCUCCCCGGCAACCCCCUUCCAGAGCGUCCCCCCCACGGUCUCCCAGACGCCCGUCAUCGCCGCCACCCCUGUGCCAACCAUCACUGCAAACGUCACGUCGGUCCCUGUCCCCCCGGCUGCCGCCCCGCCUCCUCCCGCGACACCCAUCAUCCCCGUGGUCCCUCCCACGCCGCCCGUCGUCAAGAAGAAGGGCGUGAAGCGGAAAGCAGACACCACCACGCCCACGACGUCCGCCAUCACCGCCAGCCGCAGCGCGUCGCCCCCGCCGCUGUCGGACCCCAAGCAGGCCAAGGUGGUGGCGCGGCGGGAGAGCGGGGGCCGCCCCAUCAAGCCGCCCAAGAAGGACCUGGAGGACGGCGAGGUGCCCCAGCACGCGGGCAAGAAGGGCAGGCUCUCGGAGCACCUGCGGCACUGCGACAGCAUCCUCAAGGAGAUGCUGUCCAAGAAGCACGCGGCCUACGCCUGGCCCUUCUACAAGCCGGUGGACGCCGAGGCCCUGGAGCUGCACGACUACCACGACAUCAUCAAGCACCCGAUGGACCUGAGCACCGUGAAGAAGAAGAUGGACAGCCGUGAGUACCCGGACGCACAGGGCUUUGCCGCCGACAUCCGGCUGAUGUUCUCCAACUGUUACAAAUACAACCCCCCAGACCACGAGGUGGUGGCCAUGGCCCGGAAGCUGCAGGACGUGUUUGAGAUGCGGUUCGCCAAGAUGCCGGAUGAGCCGGCGGAGGCGCCUGCGCUGCCCGCGCCCGCGGCCCCCGUGGUCAGCAAGGGCACGGAGAGCAGCCGCAGCAGCGAGGAGAGCUCCUCGGACUCGGGCAGCUCGGACUCGGAGGAGGAGCGGGCCACGCGGCUGGCGGAGCUGCAGGAGCAGCUGAAGGCCGUGCACGAGCAGCUGGCCGCCCUGUCUCAGGCCCCAGUGAACAAGCCAAAGAGGAAGAAGGAGAAGAAGGAGAAGAAGAAGAAAGACAAGGACAAGGACAAGGAGAGGCACAAGACCAAGUCCGAGGAGGAAAAGAAGGCCAAGGUGGCCCCGCCCACCAAGCAGGCCCAGCAGAAAAAGGCUCCCGCCAAGAAGGCCAACAGUACAACCGCGGCCGGCAGACAGCCGAAGAAGGGUGGCAAGCAGGCGUCGGCCUCCUACGACUCGGAAGAGGAGGAGGAGGGACUGCCCAUGAGCUACGACGAGAAGCGCCAGCUCAGCCUGGACAUCAACCGGCUGCCGGGCGAGAAGCUGGGCCGCGUGGUGCACAUCAUCCAGUCGCGGGAGCCCUCGCUCAGGGACUCCAACCCCGACGAGAUAGAGAUUGACUUUGAGACUCUGAAACCCACCACGUUGCGGGAACUAGAGAGAUACGUCAAGUCUUGUUUACAGAAAAAGCAAAGGAAGCCGUUCUCCACAAGCGGGAAGAAGCAGGCGGCCAAGUCGAAGGAGGAGUUGGCUCAGGAAAAGAAGAAGGAGCUCGAGAGGCGGCUGCAGGAUGUCAGCGGGCAGCUCAGCAACAGCAAGAAGCCCGCCAAGAGAGAGAAGUCGGGCUCCGCGCCCUCGGGAGGGCCCUCCCGGCUCAGCAGCAGCUCAUCCUCCGAGUCCGGGAGCAGCAGCUCCAGCGGGUCGAGCUCCGACAGCAGCGACUCGGAGUGAAGCCAGGACUCCACCAGGACGGGCCGGGACGGGACCGGCGGCCACGCCGCGCCGCAGCUCUGCAGUCCCCCCCUCUGUGGUUAAUAUACUCCUUUGGUUCCAUGGUGUGCAGGUUCUCUCUUUGAUUCAGUGUUACGGUCUCUUCCAGUUUGGGCUUUACUAGGUCAAAGAUCCUUUUGUGUGUGUCCACUAGACUUUAUGAGAAGCUGUGAAUCUGCAUAAAGUCUUUCCUUCGUAGCUGAAUUCAGUCCCUUGGCGAUGACAGCUUCAAACGCUAACCUGAUAACCGUAGAAAACAUGUGAGGUGUGAGCGGAAGGUUCUUGCAAAAUCCCUUUUCUCAUGCCCCACCUGGCCUGUAGCUCCAGCGAGAGUUUCUCCAAAGGAGAUGUCUCGGCAGUGGUGCCGUAUGUGAAGGCUGUUAGCGUUGCGGACAGGCGUGGGUCCUUGUCGUCGGGGGCCUGGGCUCUGACCUUCACGUCCAAGGGGUCACCUCUUUCUGCAGGGGCUGAGGACAGCCGUGCCUGCCCCCACCCGUGAGGGCCCGGGCUGGGCCCCGGCGGGGAGGGGUCAUCGUCACUGCAGGCAGCGCUCCUGCGGGUGGGGGACCGUCGGGGGUGGGCGCGGAAGGGAGCCUGAUCUCUGUGACGUCCGGGGUUCCCGGGAGGGAACACGGCGCCUACGUGUGCGGCGCGAAGGUUCCCAAACACUGAAACUUUUACCUCAACUUCAAAAAAAAAAAAAGAAGAAAAGAUGAAAAAAAAAACAAGGAGACUUUUUUUGUAAGGUUCAGCAAUUUUCUACGAAAGGCCAGCCCCACGUGUGUCCCCAGCCCAGCCGCUGCCACGCACUCCGGACCCAUCGUCCCAGUUUCAUGUAUAUAUGAAUACUUUAUUUAUUAACAUCAUUGGUCAUUUUUUUAAAAAAAAAAAAAAAAAAGGAAAGAAAAACAAAACUGCAAAAGAAACGCAUUUUUCAAAAACAAGCAGAGACGCAGGCCUUUUCAUUGGUUUGAAGGGGAGCCCAGACCCUGCUGGCCGGCGGGCCUCUCGCCUCCAGGUGCUACGCCUCCCGACCCCGGGCCGGCGCUCAAUCACGUCAGUGCUCACUCUGUCUCGGGGCUGCUGGGGUUUUUGUUCUUGUUCUUUUUCGUGUGUGUGUGAAAUUUGGAGACUUACAGGUGUAGACAACUUCCAGCUGCAGCACAUUCUAAUUUUUUAUUUCGUUUGUUUUAGUUCUUUUGUAUUCAUUUCUGGUCUCUCUUAGGACUGUUUUAAAAGACUUCAAUUUAGGGAACCCCAGUUAUAUAAUAUAAACUUUGUAAUCUGAGAGAAAAAAAUGUAUAGUAAAUCUAAGUCUUGAUUUUUAACUUUCUAUUGUAAAAAAAAAGUAAUAAUAAUAAUAUACAGAGUUUAACAGACGGUUAUGUUUUGGUUUUGUUUUCUCCAGAGGCUGCCACACGGCCUCUGAGUGCGGGGAUGGCCCCACCCACACGGGCUGCCUGGCUCUGAGCGUUGUGGCUUUGGCCAGGAAUGCAAGGGCCACCCGACGGGGCACCCCCCAACCCCCACCUCCAGGGGAGGGGCGCGGCCCCCGCCACCCCACUCAGUCUUCCAGCAGUGGCCUGGCUGGGCUCCCCUGGCCUGUUCUCUCUCCAGGGUGGAAAAGCCUUUGGCCCCAGGAAGGUUCCCUCCCCUCCAGACUGCCCGGGGCUCCCUGCUCACACAUUUUCCAGCUAGCACAGAACUGACCGAAACAGGGCCUCCUCCCAGACGUCCCCGUGAGACUUCACCGGGGCGGGUGCUGGGGGUGGAGCCGUGGGUGGCCCGGCCUCUCGUCUGGUGGCGAGCGCUCUCUGCCAGCACCUCUGGGUGGAUCAGGGACUGGUCGCUGGUAUCCUAACAGGUGGUGGUUUCUAAAAAUCCUAAAAUCGAUUGGAUUCCACCAGCCCUCACGGCUAAGGAGAGCUCUGAUGAGGCGACAGAUGGUGCAUUACCAUUUUUCUGACUGCUGGUGAGUCUGACCUUUGGGUGAGUUUUGAGCCAGUCUGUUCAACUUUUCAUUAAGUUUUGUUUGUAAUACGAAUGUAAGUGGAUUUUAAACUUGCCAUUUUUUAAAGCUGCCCUGUUUUUCAAAGAUGUUUUCUAAACAGAUCUUUAACGGAGUAAAUAGCCUAUGACUUUAAGGAAUUACAACACGACGGAAGGUCGUGAAGCAGGCUCUCACGGGCAGUAGACGGCAGGCACACGACUGGGUAACAGGCAGACCCCGGCCGGGGGGCCCGGAGGUGCCGGGGGCUCCCGUGGGGCAACCCCCCAGCCGCGAGUGGGGAGCCUCCGCUGUGCCAGCCACUCAGCCAGGGACCGCGGGCCCUAGAGCUGAGCACGGCGGGCACGCUCCCUUACCCGCUGGUUCUGUGCUGCGAGAGGAGGCUCAGCCGCCUGUGCUCCUUUCCUCGGAAAGACCCGCUGGCUUUGAUGCCGCCGGAGGGCUCAGUCGGUGCUGAGCAGUGCAGUUCACCGGUCGCUUAAGGCUUUCUGUCCAGACUUCAAAGCUGGUUUCAGAGUUUCCGGGGACUCCCCCCCUCCCCCGAGGUCAGCCUGUGGGAGUUCGCCGUUUCCACUUCUCUGUGCCGGGGGAGCCGAGCUGUUCUCCAGCUGAGAACCCGAGGGCAGCCUGUCGAGGGUGAGGAGCUGUGUUCAGUGGGUUGGCCUCGCGCACGGCACGGAAACGGCUUUGAAACAGCCCUGGUGACCCCAGGGGCUGAGGGGGCAGCCUCGCUGUUAUCUUGAUUCCAGAGACCCUUGCCUACUCCUCUGGCUUACAAACUGUUAAGAUACGUUUUUCUUUUUUGUUUAUUUUUCUGUUUUUGUUCUUUUGCAACAUUCACAUCUUACACAGUUUGCGGGGGG